AUGGCUGAACUACUAGAGUCGCUCUUCAACCACGUCGCACUACCGUCGCGGCUCCCAGGCAAACAAGACACUAGAAUUGAGCAGAUCGAGCAGGCGUUGACCGAUCGCAUUUCGGAGGCGAGUCGAGCGCUGGGACACCUCACGAACGAGAAAUUCAGAGACCAAUGGAGCUGCCUUCGCCGCUCGCUCCAAGCCUGCAAAACUGUCAACGCGGGCGGCAAAGUGAGCAAGACCUCACUUCUGACUGAACUGCGAGGCCUUGAACGUAACGAUUUUCUCAUCGUACAUGUCACGGAACAGAAUGCGGGUCUGCUCGUCAGACGGGACACUGGUGCCCAGGGUGAGAUUGUCGUGUUCGAGGCGUUCGAAGCGUCUCCACUAUCGGACAGUGUUCUUGCCUCAGAGACCGCCUUGCAAUGGGACUUUCCAGGAUGUGCAGUCGCCGUUCCUCUCUCGGAGUUUAUGGACUCCUCCUUCCAGGACAGUCUUGCUACCUUCUUGGAGCAAGCGAGUACGGAAUCGAUCAAACGCUUUGCAGCCCGCACCAACAAGGCUGGGUCCUCCAUCUUCGAAAGUCGCGGCACUGCCGAUCCGUCUCUCAUUACGCAAAUGCUGAUAACCUUGCUCGAGGUCAAUGGCUACCCGUUGUCCCCCACCCUACUGCGGAAACGCGUCCGGGAUGAUGUUUGCUGGACGGAUGGAGCCGAGAAGCCAUGGCGGAGAUGCCCCUUCUGGCUGGUGCUACGCGUUGGCAUCCAGAGGCAUCUUUGUACACAGCUUGGUGAAGUGGGGCGAGUGCUCUACAAGUUCCUGAUCUGCCUUGUGCUUGCACAUCUACUGGAUGACGCCUUGGGUCAUCUUACUCCCGAAUCGCUGACCUUUCUCAAGUCUAAGCUUUGUCGCCGCCUUGUCAAACUCGAAGUCGACAAGGACAGGGCUUCACCGUCUAGCCGCACUGUUUACGAUCACAUGUUCACGAUUCUCAGGCCUGUCUUCAGCAAAACAGUACAAAACGCAACAGAGCGUAUUGGAGCAUUAUGGAGUGAUUGCAAGAAGGCUAUGCGGAGGCCGAUUCUUCCUAUUCCAUACCGUGCAGACCAACGUGAUCUGUAUUUGACACUUCCCAACAGUGGGAGCUACCUACAACAGAUUCUGACAACCCCUUUGUAUGGCCCCAGCGGCCCCGCACGCGUCUUUCAGUCACCGAACACUCUUAGAGGGUUUGCCCACCGCUAUUUUGCACUUUCCGAGCUGGAAGAGGACUUGGAGCGUAGCCGUACAGCCAUUGAAGGGGUGGAGACUUCCAGCCAUGAUCAGUGCAUCCGCCUUGCCAGGCAAAUAGACACGUACCUCAACACUGUUGCGGACGCCUACGAUACAAAUCCGGAGCAAAAGAGCGUUAUGCUGCUGACGGUUAUGGAGCUUUGGGUGAUGAUGGAUGAAUGCGCCGUAAAGAGCUUUAAGUUGUUGGAAAGCUACAACCCAGGCUUUCCGCCCGAGAUCUUGGAUGUCCUGCAGUUGUCGCAGCUUCAGGAUCUGAUACGGUUACAGAAGAUACAAAUGCAUCUCCAGGAGCGGCGUAAGAAGUGCCAACAUACUCGGUGCACGAUCUUCGAUGACCCGAUCAAGGGGUGCUUCGCGGAACGGUUCUUUGAUGAGUCAGACAAGCUUCAGCGACUUCAGCAACGCAUUGAGACUGCGGCUGAACUCGCCCGCUCCGUGAAGGAGCAAGAAUGGCAGCAGUUGAGUGCACAGUAUGAGAGACUGGCCAAAGCAAUCGCAGAGAGCUCUUGCAUGUUCACCAUGGACGAAUAUUUACCUUCACGCAACGUUCACGAUGAUAAGCAGUGCACAAAAUGCUUUCUCCAGCGCAAAGCGUGGCGUAUGAGAAUCAAGGUCCAUGAGCAUCCCCUUCCAUCUAACCCCGUUCAUGCAAAAGCGGCGGUGCUCGAGAUCGGAUGUCCCAACUCUUUUGCGGCUUACCGGGAUUCAACAUGGAGGCUCCUAAGUACGCUGGCGCGCCCAAAGGUGAUGGAGUCUUUUGAACCGCGGGUGUUGCUUCGCCAGUAUUCCGAGCUCGAACCAUUCCUGAACAACACAGUCUGUAACGUUUCCCUGGCCUCAACAACGAAAUCCUUCCUGGGGUCGCACUACGCAAGUGUUCGUUUCCCUGUCGGGUUGGACAACGUAUGUCUUCCAAACGGACUGAAACUUGGUUACUUCGAUUCAGUUGCUAAGGUAUGGCCUGCGAGACAAGCGCACAAGCCGACCUUUGCGCACCAUUGCCAGGGAACACUACCAGCAAGCUCACUGUUCUCAUCCCUCCAAUUCUCACCAGACUUCGCGGUAGAUGCGAAUGGACCAUCCUCCUACGAGAUCGUUGCAAGUCAAAGCAAGUGUCCUUUGGGCCUGAAUGUUCAUGAGUUCAUGGCCUACCAAGCACUCUUCUCCGGGAAGCAUCGACGAUGGCCCGCAAUCCUUAUUGAACUCGGCUCAUCGAAUCUCAACUUCAGUACAGAAGCGACAGCUGUGCUUAUGUCCCAAUUAGCACUGCAAGCUGGUCCAGCAGAUCAAGCCGAUCCUCUCCGCGCUGUGCACAAAGUACUCCGGGACGCAGCGUUUUGUAGGAGACUUGUCGAUCAACUUGGUCAACGCCUAGAUGGCAUAUCUUCCAACUGGCGUGAGACGCAUUGCAUGGAGAUGCUAGUUUCUUUGAUCCUCAGACUUGCUUCUCUUGCGACCGAAUCUGCGAUUCUAGAUGCGGCUGUAGGGCUUGUCGAGAAGGCUCGCGCAGUUACCUUACAGUGGAUCGGCCUGUUAAGAGCGGAGAUCCAUACGGCUACAGAUGCCGAAACAUCCAGGAGAUGCUCAAAGUAUGCCUUCUGGGCCGCCUUGCUCUGUAGAAGGACGUUCACUCUGCACACCCAGAAUAACCAGAACCUACCGCCCACGGCUCUUUCCCACUUCAUCGAAUGCUCCAUCACUCUGCAGGACAAUCUCGUUGACAACCCUACAUCAUUACCACGUAGUUUGAGGAAUGCCCUCAUUCGCGACCUGAAGGUGGUCCAUCGAAUGCGCUUCGUCCUUCGCCGAUCUGUGGAAGCCAGCCCAGACAGCCUAAUGGCUGCCAUAAAGAGAGUUUGGCCAGAGCCCGAAGGAAGUCCACCAAGAUCUUCCGAUGAGUUGGAGUUUCUUCCGAACGAAUGGUGGAUACAGACACGAGUUGGCGCUACCCAGCAAAUUGCCCAGCAAACCAUACAUUACCAUUUGCUUGAAGGACAUUUGUUUGUAGAUGGAAGGCCCUUGGGCAAACUGCCAGCAGAGUACAGGAAAUCGAUGGUCUUACACGAGCUUUUUGGAGACCAAACCUUGUUGACAUUCCCCUCCGCACUUCCAGGCAUGACCUACGUGCUAGCCAUAUGCAUGUACGGGCAUCAAAUUCACGUGGGGUUCCGCGACGGCGAACUUAUUGUGAGGGCUCUCGCAAAUGGCACUGUUUUAGAGCUCAUUCCGCGCGAGGUGUUUAUUGGACCAUCUAGUUUCGACUUGCCGGCAUCACUUGUAGAUGACUGUGUACAUUGGCUCGACCUCAGAACAGGGAUCAUGGAGAUCCGGAAGAAGCCUCACAUAUGGACUUACAAAGGCAGCAAUUGGCUUGUCAACGUUCAUACUCGUGAGGGAUUCCGUCGUACUGUCUCCUUGGUGGACCCGCAAAGUCCGGCAUUUCAACGCAUCGCACGUCUCUUCGAUCGGUUUGAGUACCGUAAAUAUUUGACUGUGUUCCAGCCCGCAACACGACGUCUAACCGUUGAGCUACGCCGACUGGAGCUCACUUUCACUGUCAACAGAAAAAAUCUUCUCGAAUCCUCACAGCUUCGCUCAGAGAUUGAUCCCAAUCAAGAUGCGGGAACGUGGUAUGGACUCGACAGCAAGCUCGUCCUUCGAGACACAACCAACCCGGGUCUGCGUAGCAUCAUCGUACCUUUCGGCUCCAUUCGGUACAAACGAAGAGGAAUUCAUGUCGCUGUGGAGGUCAUGAAUGGUGGCAGCUACGGCAGGUUCACAAUUAACGAUGUCCUUGGACGGCUUGACUGUCCCGCUGAGCCCAGACUCUUGUACCUGAAGGCCCAGUUCCAUGCCUACACGUCGUUCAUCCUACCAGAUCCUCUGACAGGCCGUACGGGAACCGAAGAGAGUUUGCAUUGUCUGAAGUCAGGGUACUGCCAGCCGUGGACACCACUCAAGUUUGGUCCAUACCAGAGCCUGAUCUGGAUGGCCAAGCUCACUCCCAAGAGGAUGUAUUAUCCCCGGGAUAUGACAGUCAUGCAGCAAGUGACUUGGGAUGAGCAAUUGACAACCACGAUUCAGCAUGAUAAGUUCAGGCCGAUAGUCGAAGAGAUAUGCAGGAAAUCAGCGCAGUUGUCGAUCUUCGCUGCUCAGAAAGUUGAUGAACUUUCCUCCCUUGAGCGCCCAGGUGAUACGCACCUGUUGGAGCGAGCCUACUUGCGGCGUAGUCUUUACGAGCGGCCAAACUCGGAACUGCAUCACAGCCGACAAACUGGCCCGGAGUUGCCAUACGAUGCGCGAGAUCGGUGCUGGACCAGUCAAGGGCGCCUCAAUGUCUUUGAGAGCACGAGUCUGAUCCGCAAUUGGUCCUCUGAAAUGCCUGCCGUCCCCGACCUUGCCGGAAUCCUUGAGACCUGGCCAACCAUCGGAGGCUAUGAUCGCAGCUUCGAUAAAGUCUUACUGAGUGAUCGUCUCUCUUUGCAACUUGAUCUCGAAUGGGGGUCCUUAGUGAAGCUCUGCUAUGCUGCUGAGCCUAAGGAUAAGUUCAAACUCAUGUUUUUGUUCGCUGCUAUUUCCUUCUGCCUUGACAUUGACAUGGAUCUUGUCCGGACAUUGCUGGCUUUCGCAGUCUUGGAGGAUCUCAAAAAGCUGACGCCUCCAACGUGGCCCUCUUAUAUCCAAUUUCGACGGAAUCAGAUCCCGCACAUCAGCUAUCUUCUUCAGCUAAUGAAGGGCUGUUGCGUUCCGUAUCCUGGUGAUGAGAGGGACACUUUCGAGUUUAGCUUAAGCGCAAAGCAACGGAGGAAGUUCGAGGCGGCCGAACUGACGCAUGAACGGCAGGUGGAGAAUGACUGCAAAGCGAUUGCGCAAUUUCUCUUGGAACAGUGGCCCUGUCCAGAGCCAACACUGGAGGGGUUUUCUGGAGCAGUACUGGUCGACCUCGCCCAGGCCAUGCAGCUUAUUCGUCCGGAGUGGGAGCGCUUGUACCACAACAUGGAGCUUUCAAGGCACAUCCAAGACGUACAGCUUGUCUUGUAUCAACAUCGGUCUGAGAAGAAGUUCGAGCCGCCCAAGAUCAGUGUGGAGACCCAGGAGGUCUUUCCAACACGGUGCCGUGGAGGGGAGUUUCCACUACUCUCCCGAGAUCUCUUACGCAAGACCGGACCUGAUUCGCCUGGAGAAAUGCCGACUCAAUCCACUAGAAAUGAUAGUCCGCAUCUUGAUAAGAACCUUCACCAGGCCCUCACCGAGAUCUCAAACGAUCAACCGCCGCUUAGUUUGCCCGAGCCUGCACGAAAACUGCAGGUAAGGGCCGAUCCGCCUGCCUGCCGUGAGUUCCAAGAGCUGGAAAGCAUCAUCAAUGGGAUAAUGGAUUCCCAGUCCACCGUGCGCCAACAGUACGGGCGAGAUUUGAUGCAGAGUCUAAACACGCUGAAAACACUGAGAAGCACAAAGGAACAGGCCGAGGCAUCAUUUCAACCUACCAUGCUUGCUGCAGAGAUUUUCAAAGUCCGACAAGCGCUCAAUCAGCAAUUUGGUCAGCUUUACACGGCAUUCGAACGAGACGACGCCUGCACCCAGUGGCUGCAACAAGGCGGCUUGUGGCCGUGCAUAACGCCAGUCACGCUGCUUGAGCAACUGCGAUCAACCGCGGGCUGUGUAUUCGGAGACCGCAUGAAGGAAGCACUCGUCGCAUACGCAACAUCCAUCACAGCACUGCAACGUCUUCUAAGACUGAAGGACGCUCAUGAGAAGGGCAAUGCACAGCGCUUGGCAGAGGAACGGAAGAACGUUGGCCAUAGUAAUUGGCAGCCGCGGAACCAUCUAGACUGGCUUCUGCUCGAGAUUGAUGCUAACAUCCUGAUACGGCCAGAACAAGUCGAUGUUGCGCUUGCAACUAUCUCUCCGGCUUCUGAGUCAAACUCGGUCUUGCAGAUGAACAUGGGACAAGGUAAAACGUCUUGCAUAAUGCCGAUGGUUGCUGCAGUCCUAGCAGAUACGAAGCGGCUUCACCGAGUCGUCGUCCCUAAAGCCCUUCUGCUCCAGACAGCUCAAUUGCUGCAAGCUCGGCUCGGAGGUCUACUCGGUCGCGAAGUAAGGCAUGUUCCAUUCUCGCGGAAGACACCCACCGACUCCGACACCAUCAAGGAAUUCUACAACAUCCAUCGCGAGAUGCUCAAAGCUUCCGGUCUCAUGAUAGCCCUUCCGGAACAUAUCUUGUCGUUCAUGUUGAGCGGAUUGCAGAGACUUUCCGAUGGCCGUAUCUCAGAAGCAAACCAGACAAUGAAAGUCUAUGCCUGGAUGAGAAAUACAUGCCGGGACGUACUCGAUGAGUGUGAUGUCACACUCGCCGUGCGAACGCAGCUGAUCUAUCCGUCUGGCUCACAAAUAACGGUAGACGGCCAUCCCCAUCGCUGGCAGAUAGCCGAGGCCUUGCUCGAGCUGGUUGGGGGUCAUCUGUGGAAUCUGCAGACCGAAUUCCCUCAGAGCAUUGAAGUUGUCCGAAAGGAUGGCGGCGGGUUCCCGGUCGUCUUCUUCCUCCGCACAGACGUUGAAGAUGCCCUUGUCGUUCGAUUAGUGAACGACAUAUGCAACGGACAAAUAUCAGUCAUACCCACCAGGGAAUGCACCAAGUCCGACCGUCUUGCCAUCAAGCAGUUCAUUUCAGGUGCGAAAGUCCGACAAGGGAUUGCUGAGCGGAUCAAUCGCAUGUUUCCCGACAAGCCUGCCGCGAAGCAGUCUUUAUAUCUACUCCGAGGCUUACUUGUCCACCGCAUACUGCUGUUGACUCUUAAAAAGCGAUGGAAUGUACAGUACGGCUUACACCCAAACCGAGAUCCUAUUGCCGUCCCGUUUCACGCCAAGGGCGUCCCGUCCGAGCAAGCGGAAUGGGGUCAUCCCGACGUCGCAAUUCUCUUCACAUGCCUCGCCUUCUACUAUGGCGGCCUGCUUGUUGCCCAGUUGCGGCAGAGCCUUGAGCACCUACUGAAGUCUGAUGACCCAUCGAAUGAGUAUGACCGAUGGAUCAAUAGUGCCAAAGCUCUGCCAGGCGCUUUGCAAGAUUGGAAUGCCGUUAACGUUGAUGAUGAAGCUCAACUCAUAGAGAUAUGGAAGCAUGUGCGUUACGACGUAGUUGUUAUUGACUACUUCUUAAACAACUUUGUUUUCCCGAAACACGCCAAACAGUUCCAGAUGAAGCUGCAGGCAUCAGGAUGGGACAUACCACUCCUCCCUCCAGCUGACAAGACACCAUCGAGGCCGCAAACUUCAAAGGGCAGAGGCGGAGGCUCACAAGCCUUAACCACAGGCUUUAGCGGAACGAAUGACAACAGAACGAUGCUACCUUUGACCAUUAGGCAGCAGGAUCUUCCUCGACUCUCCCACACGAACGCAGAGGUAUUGACGUAUCUGCUGAAGAGCCAAAGCCGGCAAUACGUACUCGUCGCAGAUGGUGACGGAAGACGCUUGUCCGAGCUGGAUUUACUCAAGGGAAUCACCAAAAUGGAGAUCCGGAUACUGAUCGAUGCCGGUGCCCAGAUCCUUGAGAUGGACAACUUAAGCCUCGUGAAGGCGUGGCUUGAUGUUUGCUACGAAGCUCCAGCGGCCGUCUUCUUCGACAAUGAGAACAAGGCUAUCGUUCGUUAUCGCCACGGCCUUCACGUUCCUCUACUAGCAUCGCCAUUUGCCGAUAACUUGGACGGUUGUCUGGUCUACCUCGACGAGGCCCACACUCGAGGCACCGACUUGAAGCUGCCAAUGAAUGCCCGCGGCGCUUUGACGCUGGGCCUUGGUCAGACCAAAGACCACACUGUGCAAGCUGCGAUGAGACUACGUCAACUAGCAACUACGCAAUCCGUGUGUUUCUUUGCGCCCCCCGAGGUUCAUCAGAGCAUCCUUGACCUCUGCAAGAAGAAAUCCGGCGAUCCGGUUGAUUCCUACGACGUUAUACGCUGGCUUCUGGAGCAGACAUGCGACGGCAUUGAACAACUUCAGCCUCUGUACUUUUCACAAGGCGCUGAUUUCUGCCGCCGCACGGAAGCCACGUCUGAAAACCCUGACUCCCUUGUUGACAAGGACCAGCGGGACGCAUAUCUCAAUGCCUUGCGACAAGUUGAGAAGCAAACCCUGGAGCAACUGUACAAGCCCAAGACACUGGCAAAGCCUACCAAACGCAUCAAUUCCUCCUCUCCAGGAAUCGCAGCGUAUAUGAAGGAGCUCAACACUCGACGGAAGGCGUUUCAAGAUGCUGGCGGCGCUGUCCACGGCUCAACACUUCAAGAAGUCGAACAAGAGCGGGAGGUUGCUCAUGAGGUCGAGGCCGUUCGUGAGGUGCAGAAGCCAGUUCACUAUUCGGCUUUGUCGUUCCCCGGCCUUCACAGGGACAUCGCCGGUUUCGUACAGACCGGCAGGCUUGCCGCAGGGUUCGCAGGAUAUGAGCAAGCUUUUGUGACGUUGCGACGCACGGCUCUCGGUAUCAAGAAUGGGAUCAAUGGCGGGGCUACCGCUUCGAGGCUGUAUGUGUCGUCGGAGUUCACGAAGACGAUCAAGUUAACACAGCAUCGCCCGAACGAUAAUUUCUUACGCCCAGUCAACUGGAUUCUGUGGAGCUCCGUGACCGAGACCGCCAUCCUUGUCACCCCAGAAGAAGCCGAGCUCAUCAUUCCCCUCGUCUACCAAAACCAGAAGUCACCUACGCAUCUCCUGACGUACUCGGCACCGGUCACGCGAAAGAUGCUCCAUUUCAACAGUCUCGACUACUACGCGAUGCCGGGCCUGCCCGCUGACUGGCAGGCUCCCAUGUGGUUGAAAGUCGAGCUAGGCAUCUUUGCAGGACGUCUCUAUUUCGAGUAUGAUGAGUAUGACGAGCUACGAAAAUUCCUUGGUCUUCACGACGCCGCUGCAUUGCCUGGAGAAACUACAGCCGACGCAGCGGCACCAGCGGAGCUGGAUGGGACGAAUGAGCCGGUUGACGAUGCAGUCGAUGAGAAGGAGACAAAUUCUGCAGCCGGUCAAUUGCAAAGCUUUACGAAUAAACCGCUCAGCUUCCUCCAAGAGUGGUUGGCAGUGCGACGGAAGGGACAGGAGUUUGUCCACACUCCAAUGGGGUACGUGUGCCAGGGGAAGUCGCUGACAGAGAAGCAUCCGUUCUUCUCGAGGGUUACGGAUGAUGGUCCCGCGAGAUCGGCUGCUGUUGUUAUGGCAAGAGAUCAAGGGAAGGAAGUCACAGACACUUGUAGUGUUGAUGAAGAUGAUUCUUUCCAUGAGGAUAUGGACGGUGGCGACGCCGACUGUGAUGAAGGAGAGGAUGAGGAUGUGAUCUUUGAUCAGGAUGAUCCGUACGACAACGGCGACCUUUACGAUGAGGAGUAG